AUGCAUGGCAAGUUGUACAACUCUCUGUCCAAAGAGGAUUUCAUUGUGGAAGAGCGACGCGUCCCGGUGGUCACGAUCACAAAUGGUGUGUUCCUGCAAAAAAGCUACGAGUUCCGGUCCGAAUUUAAGAAAAGUUUGAAGGCCGAUUUUUCUGGAAGGAAAGAAAAGAUCAAUUUCACCGAUUCGUAUGAAGCUAUGCAAAAAAUUAACUGGUGGAUAAAGGAAAAAACCAACGAUCUGAUUCCGAAUUUUAUCACGUCGAAAAACGAACUGCCGAAGGACACUAAAAUAAUUUUGGCGAAUAUCCUGACAUUUAAAGAUCUUGUGGCCAAAGCUCAAGUAACCGGUGUGGCACUUCGGUUACCACGAUUCAAAAUUGAAAGUCAAAUAAAUUUGAUCCCAUACAUGCAGACAUUGGGUAUUCAGGACCUCUUCACUCGAGGAUUGGCCGAUUUGUCAGGAAUAACGGAUUCAGACAAGCUGCUCUUCGUCAAUUUGAUGAAACAAAGUUCCGUGCUCAAAGUGAACGAGGAGGGAGUGGAAGCCGCCGCGGUGACUGGGAUGGCCGUUGUUCCGUUGUCCCUUACUGUACCGAAAGUGGAAUUUCAUGUGAAUCAUCCAUUUGUCUGUUUCAUUUAUGAUCGUGAAUUGAGAUUGCCGUUGUUCGCGGCCCGUGUGACAAACCCACAACAGCCGUGA